AUGGUUAGGAAUCAGGAAGAAGAAGAAGAAGAAGAACAACAAGAAGAAAUCGAGCUGAGUUUGAAUUUCCGGAGAAUUUUUGGUGAAGGAGGAGACCAGCGGCCAUGGGUGUGCUUGUCAUCGCUCAUGGUCAGCCUUCCAUCGAUUCGUUCGAGCCUCGCCGAUUUCGAUGUCAUGCUGAGUCGUAACACUGCUUCUCCUCUUCUCUUGCCGCCCAACAGGCUUCAAAAUUUUAGUUUGAGAUGUUCAUUCACUAAUACUGAUGCCUGCAAUUCUGUCGUAAAUGAAGAAGUCCAUGAGGAUAUAGCAUCUCUUGAUUCACAUUGUCCAGUUCCUGUUGUUCAUCUCAUAUCUGAUUGCCUGGAGAAAGAAGCAUUUAAUUUACUUCAAGGCAAUUUUGGAGACAAUAUUUUGACAGUACUACCUGUCUUUUCAGAGGUGGAUCAGAGUGCCAUUGCUUCAUCCCCUGCUCAUCCAGCUGCACUUUAUGCGUUGUAUGCUAGCUGUUUGGCUGGGAAUCUGGUUGAACAGCUUUGGAGUUUCGCCUGGCCUGCUGCCAUUGCAUUGAUCCACCCAAGUCUUCUUCCUGUGGCCGUCAUGGGAUUUUUUGUGAAGCUUGCUGUAAUUGUUGGAGGCCCUUUGUUAGGAGAUCUUAUGGACCAUUUUCCGAGAGUACCAGCAUUUAAUUGUUUGACUGUUAUUCAGGUAGCUGCUCAGUUGUUAUCUGUUGGGAUGAUUAUUCAUGCCCAUAAUGUUCAGCCUGGAUCCCUGUCUUCUGUUCUUGCCCAACCUUGGUUUGUUGUACUUGUGAUAGCUCUGGCUGUUGAAAAGCUUGCUGGCAUGGCUCUGGGAGUUGCAAUGGAGCGUGAUUGGGUUGUUCUGUUGGCAGGAAUCGAUAGACCAAUUGCUCUUGCCCAAUCUAAUGCGGUACUUAGUCAAAUUGAUCUACUCUGUGAGAUUGCAGGAGCAUCAUUAUUUGGAAUUUUCUUGUCCAAAUAUGAACCAGUGACUUGCUUAAAGAUGACUUCUAGUUUGAUGGUGUUGUCACUGCCUGUUGUGGUAGUAUCUAGCCUUGCUGUUUUUGGGGUAAUUCUUACAUGGUUAACAAAUAAGCUUUCUGGUGGAGUACUGGAACGUGCCAAAUGUCCACAAACUGGUUGUGGAUGUUCAUCUGCAGGAUCAAUUCCAGAUACUAGAAAUAUAUUUGCCACGAGUAUAGAAGCUAUUAAGCAUGGAUGGUUCGAAUACAUUAAGCAGCCUGUUCUACCAGCAAGCCUUGCUUAUGUGCUUCUCUAUUUCAAUGUGGUUCUUGCACCUGGCGGCUUAAUGACUGCGUUUUUGACACAUAGUGGUUUAAAUCCUUCAAUUAUUGGGGCCUUCAGUGGAUUAUGUGCUUUUAUGGGUGUUGCGGCAACAAUUGUUUCCGCAAAAAUGGUCGGGCGACUUGGCAUUCUUAAGGCUGGAGCAGUUGGCCUGAUCUUUCAGGCUGCGGUUUUAACUAUGGCAGUUACUGUGUAUUGGAUUGGUUCUUUCUCGAAGAAGAUUCCACUUGUGCUCUUCUUGUCUUUGAUUGUCUUGUCUAGAUUGGGACACAUGUCAUAUGAUGUUAUAGGGGCACAGAUUCUACAAACAGGGAUCCCUGCAUCUAAAGCAAACCUUAUAGGGACCACAGAGGUUUCAAUUGCUAGUUUGGCCGAGUCAGUAAUGCUUGGGGUCGCCAUAAUCGGAAAUGAUAUUUCACAUUUUGGCUUUCUGGCCACACUUUCACUUGUGUCGGUAGUUGGAGCAGCUUGCUUGUACUGUUGGCCUCCAGCUGCAAAAGGCAAAAGAAACAAACUAGUUGAAAUGGGGCUUUGUAGUUUUUGGACUGUGGUCUUGGCUUUGCCUAGAGGUCCAGGUAUACAAAAUCCAGCCACUUCUGUUCAGCAAUAAUAUGGCAUCAGAUAAUAGCCGAAACUCAUGGUGUGGCUACAUAUUUCCUUAGGAGCAUGCGCCUAAACAAUUAUAAAUUUGCGUAUGGCCCUCGUAAGGAACUGGAUGAGAAUAGUUUUUCCUCAGGCAGGCAGGCUGUAUAUAAAUUCACACACUUAGAUAACAACUGAUCGUGAGAAAUUUUCAGGUUAUACCCAGAUGACAUUCAUGUAGUUCAGUUUGUCCUAAAAUAUUCUUUUGUAUUUGGCAGUCACGGUUAUGGGCUACCAACUGCUAGAAUGCAUUUCCAUUAAAUUUGCUUCUCAUACCUCACCUAAGAAGUUAUGGUGCAUUUAUAUUUUUGUGUAACUAAAGAAUUAUUCGUUUAGUGGUAGAUGGGCCAUGAAGUUCAUUUGCAUCUCUAUUAUACAUCUGAUAUUUAUUUGUUUAUUAGGCUACAUUUAGGAUGUUUUGGGCUGAAAUUUAAUUUUAAUAUCUGUUAGAACUCUUCUUUACACAUGAAAGGGACCCGUCCACGGGACAGAAUAAUAAAA